UCUCUCUCUCUCUCUCUAUACGCUCAUAAAUGCAAGUCUGCAUUUCAUAUUCUGUCAAAGUCCAUUGGCUUUGGUUCACAUUCACCUGCUCUUUGUAUCUCUCACUCUUUCUGUCCAUUUCAUUUCUUUCCUUUUAUUCUCCACUCAGAAUGCUGUAAGUCAUUUGCAUUUUUAUUCUUUCUCUCUCUCUCUUAGUAGGCAAGCCUCUUGUUUCACCUUCAGUAAAAGUGAGUUUUUAUAAUACUGCACUGCCCUCACUUGUUACUUGUUGCUACGUAAUGAGUGCUGCAGCAAGACGUGCUGGUAGCAGGAUUAUUACAUAGGCAGUAUCCCCAAAUCCUCACACUGUUAGUAUGUCUGUGUUGAAAGUAUUACUUUACACAUCCUUCAUUCUAAGAUUGACUGUUGCCUCAGAUCAUCUCUAUUCACUUGUCAGAAUAAAUCAACCCACAUCUGUGUGUGUGUGUGUGUGUGUGUGUGUGUGUGUGUGUGUGUGUGUGUGUGUGUGUGUGUGUGUGUGAGAGAGAGAGAGAGAGAGAGAGAGAGAGAGAGAGAGAGAAGGAGAGAGAGAGAGAGUAAUACUUCCAUUAUAUGAAUCUCUACUUGACAUUCAGUGUAUGUACGCAAUAUGAUCCAUAUUUUCUUUCAUAGUAGGUUUAUUGAAUAAAGCCUGAAAAUCCACUGUGGCCUACAGUUGGUGUAUUCCAUUGAAAUGAAUUUAUUAAAUUAUAAUAUCCAUACUGACUUUACUGGAGUGUACUGGUAGGACCAGUGCUAUAAUGCUUCUCCUAAGACUGUAGAAUUAUAUCAAGAUAGCUUGUAUAUGCUAGCUUUUGUUUCGGGAAAUGGCUCAGUCAAAAUGAGUGAAGGAUUCUAGCAUAGCAUUUAUCAUUUCCCCUCAACAGUUCUUUCUCACUUAUUCCUCACUAUCCCUCCAUCAUAUAUUGUAUAUAUAUAGCAUUCUAGUUCUAGACUUUUUCUGCUAUAACUUCAUAUUGUCGUCCAUAGCAGACACAGGACAUCAGUUACUGAUGGGGACGAUCGACAGAGGCUCAUUAGCACCAUCGCUUUUCGUGCCUUUGGGGUCAAUUGCGCCCUGCACAGCAACCUGCCUAAGUCUGAGAGUGGCGCCACCUUACGCUCUGAACUACACUCACUCAUUAUCCAGAAUCCCCCCUAUCCGGAGAGCAUUUUCAAUCCAGUCACAAGCACCAAGACUCGCAUGCUUGGCAGCUUCUGGAACAUCAGCUCUUCAUCAUCCACAAACCCUGGGAAUCAGAAGUUUACCUGGUCCUUGCCUUGUCGUAUUCAUGAGGAUGAAAUUUAUGGCACACUGCAAGAAAAAGCCCUUUGGGACCCUGCUGAGUGGGAAGAGCCAGAGCUGAAGGCAGAUCUUAAGGACAGCAUAGAACAGUUUGAUGCUGGAAUGGGAACCCUGAGUGGCUGUAACACGAAGCUGUCAGUUAGGGAGCAGGCCAGGCAGUUUGAGCAGCAGGCACUGGCUGAUAGGACUUCUAGAGACUCUCGGGCCUCUCUGGAUCUGGAUGACCUGCUUGCUAUUAUGGAGCCACAGUACAGUCCAGGGUUUUUGGGAAAGGAUAACCCUCCUUGCAUUCACAUCGCUGGCACCACCCCUCCUCCACCGCCCACCCAGCGCCCCACUCCACCAGUGCUGAGGAGAUUCAGUUCUAGUAUCUCUAGCCAUGUCACAUUGGAGCCCUGUGAGAUAUGGCUGGAAAUUAUACCUGAUGCCCUGGAUAGCCCCCCGCCCAAACACACUUUUCCUCUGUCUCAUAUAGUACACUCUCUUCCUCCCGCUCCUGAUGCCCUUUCACCUACAUUUACUUCUGAAAGCACCAUCCCCUCACCCUUAUCACCGACUCAGCAUAUAAUACCCAAACUUCACCCUGUCUUUUCUGAAACCACACCUUCUCCAGGGAUUUUGGAAUGUCAAGGCCAGAAGAAGGAGCAUAAAGGCAUUCUGAAGUAUAAUGACACUAGAAAGGGCAAAACACGCUCCUAUAGCUACUCUGACAGGAACUACAAAACAGGGGAAAUAAAGGCCAAGAGUUUGAUAAGAACCGAGUCAGAGUCUGAAUUAGAAGACUUUGAUACAAGCCGAGAAGAUUUUAGCUCGCACUUGGAUUCAAAAUCAAACUCCUCUAAUCCUAGCCCAGACUCAGAGCAGCAGUCAGAAAGAGAUUUACCAUAAAAAUCGAUCUCUUUCUGACUGAACUUUUAGGACCUUUUUUUCCCUUCAACUUUCAUAGUUCCUGUAUUUUUGGUACGAUGUAACAUACCGAGGCUAUGCCAUCAUGUUUGAAAUGACUUAAAUUAGCUAAUUUGUAUUUUAAAUAUGUGGAUAUUAUUAUUAUUAUUAUUAUUAUUAUUAUUAUAUGUACUAUUCAAUUCAAUUCAAUUCAAUUUUAUUUGUAUAGCGCUUUUUACAAUAGACAUUGUCUCAAAGCAGCUUUACAGAAAUAUCAACAUGGUAUACAGAUAUUAAAGGUGCGAAUUUAUCCCAACUGAGCAAGCCACUGAGUGGCGACGGUGGCAAGGAAAAACUCCCUAAGAUGUUUUAAGAGGAAGAAACCUUGAGAGGAACCCGACUCAGAAGGGAACCCAUCCUCAUCUGGGUAACAACAGAUAUUGUGAAAAAGUUCAUUAUGGAUUUAUAUGAAGUCUGUAUGGCGUUAAGAGCAGCCGUAGUCCCAACAGUCUGGAAUUAAAGAAGAUUUGAGCUCCAUCCAGAGGCAGAAAGGAUCUGGAUCUCUAGUAUCUCCAUAAAUUCGUGUGGGGCUCGGCGAAAGGAGAGAGGGACUCUAUAUACACCUUUGUACUUAUAGGUGUACUAUAUACACCUUUAGAGUAAGAUGGCAGUAAAUGUUAAAAUCAACUCAUCAUGAAAAUCAAGUCAGAAUAAAUGUCACUUCUCCUCGUUAUUACACCAUUAUAUUAAGUGAAAGUUCUGUAUAAAAGUUCAGUCAUAAGGCCAUUGUGUUCUGACACGUUUUUUUUCCUCUUCAUACUGUGAAUCAAGCUUCUGAAGGUCUUUUUUGCCUAGAUGCUUCUUAAAUGCUUUUAAGAAUGUAAAAACAUGACAAAUAGACUUUUUGCUCGCUGCUGUACAAUUAUUUCACA